AGAAUUCUAAUUUCAAAAAUUAGGUUUUUAUCAGUUGUAUAUCAAGCAUUAAUUGCAUGUAUGACAUGCGUAUACAAAUUUGGAAAAAAUGCAGUUCUAAUUUACAUCUGCCUUAAUUAUUCAGGUAAAAUAUCUAUGAGAUGAAUUAUUCUGAACACUGUAUCGUUUUAUACACAGAGAAAAAGACGCCAAUCCAGUGAAACUCCGUCUGGGUCCAUGACGCAGUCAAUACUACCAGAAAUACAGAGCCUAUGAAAUAUUUAUUUAUUACUGAUCAUUGGUGUUUCGAAUUACCAAUAAUUUCUCUUAAACAUACUUUCGUUCGGGUGAGAAACCUACUGCCAAUACAACCUUCUUUUUGAUAAUAUACAUUUACUCCAUUCAACAUAACAGUAAAAUAGUAAAAUAGAUGCGCAAUAUAUAUUACCAUAUUACAGUCAAGUAUCUAAAAAAGAAAUAUUAUCUUCUUUACAGUUACAGAGGGGACUUAAGAAACAAACAAGGUGAAAUAACACAGCUUGAAGAACGUCUGAAAAGUAUACAACAAGAUAACUGUAAAAAAGAUAAAGAUAGGGAAAACAUAUAUAAAAUGACACUUAAAAUUGAUUCUCUAAAGAACGAAUUGGAAAGGACUAAACAAGAAAAAAUCGAUAGGCUUACAAGUUAUAAAAAGGAGCUACAAAGGAAAGAAAGUGUCAUAACAAAGCUUGAACAAUGUCUGGAAAGUAUUCAACAGGAUAACUGUAAAACGAAAAAAGAUAUUGAAGAGAGUUACAAAAGGGAGUUGCAAAGCAAAGCAAAUGAAAUCACACAGCUUGAAGAACGUCUGAAAAGUGUUCAACAGGAUAACUGUAAAAAGGAAAAAGACAUGGAAGAGAGUUACACGAGGAGGUUACGGAACCAAUUUAAUCAAAUAUCAAAAAUGCAAGAACAAAUGAAAAUUGUUGAAAAAGACCACUAUGAAAAGGAAAGUGAGUGGAGAAAAAGACUCAGCGCAUUGCCAGCUAAAAUACUGACCGGUGGAUAUGCAAAUAUUGCCGAUCUUAGCGAUGUAAAUAGGCCGACCAAACUUUCCGAGAAAUAUACAGAACUUUACGAUAAUCAAUGGAGAGAUGCCUUCACUUACCUUAGUUCGAAUGAGAAAAAGGGAGAGGAGGAAAUUUGCUCUUUGCUAGUACAUGCGUUUUGUUCAAUAUAUUCUACAUGUAGAAGGAAAGCCGAUGCUGACUUAAAGGCAUUUAUCUAUGCUACUGAUGAGCUUUUUGAGGCCGACGACCGUGCGAGAGAAAUAAUCAAGACUGCAAAAAUCAGAAGAAACGAAAGACCAAGAAUAAAGGUUGAAGUAAUCAAACAGUUAUACACUUCUGACAUGCAAGAAAAUAUCCCUGUCGAAGAACAGAAAGGAAUUGAGCCGUUCAUUCGUUAAAGCAUCGAAUUAUGCUGGUUGAUGACAAUUCAAGAGCCACCAGUAUAUGUCGACACAAAUGUGUCACUUACGAACACACCUUUUGAAACAAUUUUUUUUAGACCAUAUACGGUCCAGGGCCAAUAUGUUGACUUUAUAGUGUGGCCUGCAUUGUUCCUUCAAGAAGGAGGGAGCUUACUGAGUAAAGGUGUCGCUCAAGGAAAAACAUCUCGAACGCCAAAAAACAAGUGGUAUGAUUAUGUCAAAAUUCCUCGUAGUCAAUCAAACCUCUCAUCUCUAACACCUAAGUCCUCUUCUAAGCUAGAUACGAAAGACCCUAUUAAUGAAAGAUCUGCAAGAAGAAAAUAUCAGCCGGAGUCAGAUAAAAACGGAAAACAUACAGAAACAUACGCUGGAAAUGCUGCAUCCUGUUUGAAACUUAAAAAUGGUGAACGUGCUACAGAUUAUACCAACCCUGAUUCAAAUGCAACCAGAAAAUUAACAGACGCAUCCGCUGAUUCUGUAUUACAAAGAAAGAAGGAGUCUUCUGAGACUAACGCGCCCAAAUUCAAACAAACAGGAAUGUCCCGUAGAAGGGCUUCAUCAUUCACGAAAAAUAUCACGUCAAAUACUGUUCAAGAAAAAAACGAUUAUGUAAGUUGAACAACGCCGUCAAAGAUAUAAAUGAUAAGAAGUUAUUAUGAACCUUGUGGGCAAUCCAGCUCAUUCUUAACAGAUGAUGAAUCGAACAAAAUACGUUUACCGGAAUCGAAAUCUCACCAACAAAGAAAGUAAACAACAACCGCCUGGACACAAUAAAUAGAUAAUUCCUUUUCAUUAUUACAGGAUGCUAAUUGAAUUGCUAACACAAAAACAUUUAAUGUAUAAUUAUCACUCGUGUUUGUUCUUCAGUUCUGAAGUAGAUUGAUUCAUCUGAAUAAUUAUUGAAGAAAAUAUCUUAUUCGUAGAUACUAAAGCAUAAAUUUUUCUUCAAGCAAUUAAUAUAGGCAUAUAUAUGCAUAAUUUUAAACAUGAUUUUGUGAAAUUUUAAUUAAAAGUUUAUAACGCACUACGGUAUAUAUAGUAUAUCUAAUACAAUUUGUAAUGUUCCAUACAUCAUAUUCUCGUUGUUGUUGUUGUUGUUUUUGUUUUCAUUGUGUUAUUUUUGAUGUUGUUGUUGUUUUUGUUGUUUUAUCUUCUUCUUUCUUUAUAAUACCCCUGUCGUGUAUUAUGAAUUUAAAGCAGCUGACCCCCAGAAGAAAACAGAAAAAUACCAUUUUACAAAUAUAUCUAAAUCUCUCUUCAAAAGCAUUAUAAAGUAAUAAGAAAUCGAAAUGACACUUCAAAAUGUUCAUAUUUUAUCAUUUUGUCCUGAAAAUAAACAGUUUGCUUUUAUGUAGGUGGGAAUUACCUUCUUUUAUCAUUCUACGGAAUAAUUUCAACCGGGUAUUUUCUAGUACCACAUGAUUUUACAUGACAACAUCGCGACCUGUGGUCCGGAAAGCACGGACUCCGGGAAUAUAUCAAACUUAGAGGGAAACAAAUAACUGCUUUUGUUUUGAUAGUUUUAGAAAUUUUUGGUAAAAAAAAUGAAUUAAAAUGUCAGUAAUAAUGAAUUUACAAAUUUACCAAUAAUUGGUAAUCUGAUUUCAUUUAUUCCAUUUCACCAUUUGGAGGUCAGUGGCUUUAAGAUUUUAAUGUAACGUUUAUCAUUUUGUUUUGUAUCUUAAGAACUGUUAAUAACAGGUGUAUCUAGAUCAAUGUUUUUCUUAUUUGCCUAUGAAAGGAUGCAGAUUUUAACAACAGAAUGAUGUACUGGUGAUAUUAUUUUUAUAUUAGUCUUAUUUGUGAUAAAUCGAAGACAUUGCAUGAAAUGUAAUCCACAAUGAUGUAUUUCUUGUCAAAACCAACAACGAGUAAAACUUGCAUCUGAAUAAAAACAAAAACAAACCCAAUAAAUUACA